AUGGAAAUACACUUUGAAAAGUUAUUUUAUAAAGUUAUUCAUAAUAAAGUUUUAUUUAGAUUAAUAUUUCAUCACAUUCAUACAACCAAUUGGGUAGAGUAUGAUAAUAUCGACCAUAUUGUAUGUAAUAAUAGAAGGAAGUUUAAGGAUAUUUCAUCAUUAGAAUGGAUAAUUAAAUACAAGCAAUACAGUUUAUUAAAGUGCAAAUUAGAGGCUAAUGAACUUAUAGAAAUAGAUACAAAUAAUGCUUUGUGGCUAAAUGAAAUCAUUAGAAAGGGUCAAAAAGAAUUGGCAAUAGAUUUAUUUAAACUACUAUUAUCAUCAAACUCUGUAACCAAUAAAGAUUUAUUACUUGAGGGUAUUCAUUUGUACGAUGAAGAUUUAAUAGAGAUAGCACUAAGCCCACCUUUUUCAGUUCCAGUCUUACCAUCAAAAUUAGAAGAGUCUUUUAAAAGUACUUCAAAUAUUUUACAAAUUAAAUUAUUGUUAGAUUCAUUUUUAGGCAUAAAUAAUAUUAUACAACAGGAUAAUUCACCAAAAAAUCUUAAUUGUAAUAAUAAUAAUAACACUUUUUUAAAAAGAACAAGAGAUAGUUAUGAAAAUAAUAGUAAUAUAAAAGAUGUUUUUCAAAAAGAUAGAUUAUUAUCCCUAAUCCUCAAUAAUCCCCAGUAUCAUAACCCACCCAUACCCUUGGCAACACCAACUUUAAUAACCAUAGACAAACCAUUUGUAUCAAUGACAUCUCCAUCCAAAGUUAGAAAGAAUAUUGAACUCCUUGAAGAAUCAUUGCAAAGCGAAAGGAAACAGUUUGAUACCUAUUUUGAGUAUUUUAAUUCAAAAAAAGUUAGUUUAAAAAAAAUAUUAUAUGGCGUAGUAUCAAUAGAGAAUCAAAAUAUGUUAUUAGAUUACAAUUAUUACUACAUACCAGAUGAGUUUGAACAGUUUGAAGAAAAAAUUCAAAACAUAAUCAAUAGCAAUACCACCAACAGUAAAGAUUAUAGUAGAAUACAGAGAUUAUUAGAAUUAAUUAACAGUCAUACACAAAAAUACAGUAAUAAAAUAUCCAAUAUUUCAUUGUCUUCAUUUCACAAUAUCAAUAAUUUCAGUUUAUUUUUAGUAAAUAAUAAAUAUGAUUGGAAGGGUUUUCAAAAUGAAACAAUAGAAGAAAUAAAUCGUGGUUUUUCAGGUAUGGCAGAGUCGUCAAUUGAUUCAAAGUUUAAAGAAAUUAAAGCUCCAUAUAUGGACUACCUCAGUUUUUACCUCACUGUUGGAAGAAAAAAGAAAUAUAGGUAUAUUUUUAAUUUUGUAGAAAAAAUAUUAGCCUCUUUCUUUCUUCAAAUGUUCUAUAAAGCUAAUAAAAGGGAAUUUGUUUGUCUAUUAGAGUCAUUUUCGGCAUCAAGUCAUUCAAUUAUAGUGUCCAAUUGGUUUGAAAUUAUCAAAAGAACAAAAUCAGACUGCGGUUCAUUUAUUAUCAAAGAUAGGGAAACCAUAGACUUAAUUUUGAAUAAUAAGAAACUUUUAUUCAAUAACUCGAUUGGUGCAAAAGAUUUUUUAUUUUUAGAAACCGAUUUAAUAGAUUAUGCCAUGGUUUUCAAUAUGAUGGGUCCAUCGAGAUAUAUUAAUAAGGAGUUGGUUUAUUCGUAUCCAUUACAGGUUGCCAUACAGUCACUAAAUAUUAAAGAAAUAAAAUCAAUUUGUGACAAAUUUCAAAUAGUUUUAAAAAAAGAAAAUCAAAUAACUUACCCAAAAGAUAAAAUAUGUGAUGAACUUGCAGAUACUAUCAAUUAUUUUAUUAAAAAGGAAAAUAUUCAAGGUGUUUAUUAUUGUUUGGAUUUAUUAUCAAACUCUGUAAAUAUUUCGAAUUUUAUUGGGUAUUGUGAAGCUGAUGUCAGGUUAUGGGUUAGGUUGUUCAUUAUAUCAAUUAAAAGAGUAUCAAAAAAUAAAGUCACAUUGUAUUUAAAUAGUGGUUUUAAUCCGAUGGUUAACAAUCCGCAGCUAUUUUUAGAAGUUUGGGAAAAUGCAAAUGAACCAUUUUUAUUAGAUAUACAAGAUAAUAUACAGGUAUUUAAAAAAAGUUAUUUAAAUCCACUGUACAUCCAAUAUCAAGACUUGCAGAAUCGUGACCCAGAUAGUAUAAUAGAAAUCAUAAAAUUAGUUAUAAAUCAUUCAAAAUCAGCUGCAUCAGAUUUUUCAGCUGCUAAUCUUGUAGUCAACUAUUUAUUUAGAUUAUUAAUUCAAGGUAAACCAGGACUAAUACCAUUCAAAAGAAUUGAAUCUAUUUAUAAAUUUAUAAAUGAAUCUGGUGUUGUUAAAGUGCAACAAUCAACAUUAUUUUCAAUAUAUUAUCUUGCAAUUAAAUCAAUGAAGCUAAUUAAAUUUAUAGCCGAGCUACCAUCAUUCAAUGAAAGUUUAUACAGAAUCGAACUUUAUAGUAUUCCAGACCUCACUAUGCCCAGUAAUUGCUAUUCAGAAACAGCACUCAAUAGAUUUGAUAUAAGAGAAUACAUUAAAUCAGAAAUAUUUACCUUUGAAUUUAUUUUUCAGUCUGCACCUUUUGAUUCCAUUUUGGACCAGUUAUUCAAAGCAUUUCUAUACAAUAUCGAAAAUCCAAUUUCAAAUAUUCAAGAUGCCAGUUUUAAUUAUAUAAAUACCCUUUUAAAUUACAUCUUACUCUACCUAAUUGAUAUUAGAAGACCAGAUUUGUUUUUAAGUCAUUUACAGGGCAUUCAAAAGAACCAUACAUACUUUUACAAUAACUUCUUUUCAAUAAAUAAUAAUGUUCUGGGAAAUGUUGUCAAUUAUAUAGGCAAUAGUAACGAAAAUGAAAACUUAAUAUCAGCAAUACUAGGCUCCAAACUACGCGGAUUAUAUACAUUCGAAAAAUAUAUCAGGCAUUAUAAAGAACUUAAAUAUAUUGCAGGGUUUCAAGAAACCAAUCUAUUUAGAGUUGUUGGUUCGGUUCCUAAUCCAAAUAUAAUAUCUCGAGAUCACUCUUUAAUAUUUUCAAACCCAAAUGGUAAACUUGCUGAAUUAAUAAAGCAGAAUGGUAUCAAUCUACAGUAUUACCCUAUGAAAAUGUACCAAUCCCUAAUAGAUCUAUACCCCCAUUACCCAGGCCUGCAAUUAUCUAAAGUUACUCUCAAGAAUCUAUUAUACUCAAACUCUAUUUACACUCUAAAGCAACUAUUCGACAAUAAAUAUAUAAACGACAAUGAUGGAAACAAUAAAUUACUGUCAUAUCUAAAAGCACAAGUAUUAAAUCAUAACGAUUUUAAAUAUUUAAACUGGUUUUAA